GGACGAUGUCUGGAGAACUGCCACCAAACAUUAACAUCAAGGAGCCUCGAUGGGAUCAAAGCACUUUUGUUGGACGGGCCAAUCACUUCUUCACUGUAACUGAUCCUAGAAAUAUUCUGUUAACAAACGAACAGCUAGAGAAUGCAAGAAAAAUAGUACAUGACUACAGACAAGGAAUUUUUCCUCCAGGUCUUACAGAAAAUGAAUUAUGGAGAGCAAAGUACAUCUACGACUCAGCUUUCCAUCCUGACACUGGUGAAAAGAUGAUUUUGAUAGGAAGAAUGUCCGCUCAGGUUCCCAUGAAUAUGACCAUCACAGGUUGUAUGAUGACAUUUUAUAGGACUACGCCGGCCGUGCUGUUCUGGCAGUGGAUUAACCAGUCCUUCAAUGCUGUCGUCAAUUACACCAACAGAAGUGGAGACGCUCCCCUCACUGUAAAUGAAUUGGGAACAGCUUACGUUUCUGCAACAACGGGUGCUGUAGCAACAGCUCUAGGACUUAAUGCAUUGACCAAGCAUGUCUCACCACUGAUAGGACGUUUUGUUCCCUUUGCUGCUGUAGCUGCUGCUAAUUGCAUUAACAUUCCAUUAAUGAGGCAAAGGGAACUCAAAGUUGGCAUUCCUGUCACAGAUGAAAAUGGGAACCGCUUGGGUGAAUCGGCCAACGCUGCAAAACAAGCCAUCACCCAGGUGGUCGUCUCCAGGAUUCUCAUGGCAGCCCCUGGCAUGGCCAUCCCUCCAUUUAUCAUGAACACUUUGGAAAAGAAAGCCUUUUUGAAGAGGUUUCCAUGGAUGAGCGCGCCUAUUCAAGUUGGAUUAGUUGGCUUCUGUUUGGUGUUUGCUACGCCCCUGUGUUGUGCUCUCUUUCCUCAGAAAAGCUCCAUGUCUGUGACAAGCUUGGAGGCUGAGUUGCAAGCCAAGAUCCGAGAGACCCAUCCUGAAUUACAGCGUGCAUACUUUAAUAAGGGAUUGUAAAGAAGGGAAAAAAAACCUCUAUAGAUAAUCCUGCCAACUGCAAACCUGGUGUAGCCAUGCUGGUGAGGAAAAUCAUGAUGUUCUACCUGGGUCCUCCCAGUUACAAAAAUCUUUUAAAGAUCCACAUUAGCCUUUUAGAAUAAAGCUGCUACUUAUAGUGCAGCACCUGGUAUGGGCCAGGUGCCUGAAACCUGUUGGCUCCCUUACAUUUGAAUCAUGUUAUGAUUUAUAGGAAUAACCCUUCCUGUAGCUUUUAUAGUCAUUGUUUUUCAAGGACAAUAUCCCAGCUUUCACCCAGGGUUUUAAAAAGUACUGCUAGGCAUAUGGUAGGUGCUUAGUAUAUGUUCAGAAAAUAAUUAUUGAUUAUCAAUCAAUGAAAAUGUAAUCUGUUUAAAAUAUUGAAUUUUCAUUCAAUGAAAUGUUUCAAAUCACUCGUUUAAAAUUGAAGAGGUCUCAGCAGUGAAUUGGGAAAAUACAAAAGUUCUGAGGCUAAACUGUGAAAACUUACUUUUAAAUAUAUUAAGGGCAGUUUGCUUUUGUUUGGGCAGUGGGCAGACCCAACGUAGAUGAUGAAGUUUUUGGAUUUGUAAGGCAAAAGGUCCUUCAUACACCCUCUGAAAGCUACAGUCAUAGGCCCAUGCAACACACCUUCUCUGCUGUCAACAAUUACAUGCAUUCAUAUUGUUGGUGGAUUUUCAUGGUUGACUUUAAAAUUUAUUUUUUUACAUUCUUAUGAAGAUGUUAAUCUUACCUUGCAGUUAUUGACUUUAUAUUCAGUCAUUUACAUCGAAUAAUCAAAUAAUUGAAAAGUACAAAUGUCAAAUCUUGGAAGUAUAUUCAAUACCAAUGUUGUAAGACUGGGUUGAAUUUGGUUAGUCAGAUUUUUCAAGAAGUGAAACCACAUUUCCAGCUACCUACAUGUAUUUUCUUGUAAAUCAUCCAUAUAGAUCUCUUUGGCUUUCAGAAAGAUACAGAAAUAAUACAUGUAUGAAUCAGUUACAGUGAAUUUUACUUGAAUGUCAUAUAUUACAUUCCACCCUGUUUGAAAAUAAUGAACCACUGUUUACAUCAUUUGUAGUAAUUUCACAUAUAAUACAUUUAAUAUAAUGGAGAUUAUGUUUCAAGUCUAUAAACGUCCAACAUCAUGCACAAGGCAGUUGUUUCAUUGAGUGUAGGUCAUUAUAAUUGAGACAUUUGUAAGUGAAAGAAAUAUAGAUACUAUUCAGUUUGGAGAUUUUUUUUUCCUGACAAUUUGACCGGACUGAGUUUUCUCAUAAAGAAAAAAUGACGUGCCUUGUGUCUGUGUUUGUCUUUUCUCUGAAAGGAUUAAUAGAUCUGAAGCUUUGGGCCAUGAGCCUUCCUCGAUGUCACUGGCAUCUUCUCAUUUAGAUUUUCUGCCUUAAACCAUUUGAAGCAAAAAUGGCUUCCCCAUGACAUUCUGGCCUUGGAUGUAUUUUGUUGCUGUCAGUGCUUCCCUUUGAAAAGUGGUGAAAACCUGAAAUUCAGGGCAGAUCUCGAUGAAGUGCUUAAAGGGCACUUUUAGUAAGAAGCUAGAAUACUUGAGACCUAUCUGGCUUGCCCCAGCUAAUCUCAGAGUCCUAACCCCCAGUUAAUUUGUAGCUCCAUUUCAGAAUGUGACCCAUCAGUGAGAAGGUAAUGACUGGCUAGAAGAUUGACAAACUAACCAAAAUUUUACACACUCCAGGAAGUUAUGACCAAAGCAUAGUUAUAAAAGGGAUAAUGAACAUGGAGAUAUGUCUUUUUAAACAUUGUUUAUUGAAGCUUCAGACUCUUAAUGCUUUUAUAUAGAAAUAUUUACUGUAUAAUUUAACCAUAAUUUAUAAAGAAGAACAAAUGAACCAAGAUUGGUUAUCCUUGCUAAUCUUUUAGAAAUACCUUUUCUGGAGGGGAAAAAAAAUCCACAUGAAGUGCAAUAAGCUUGUAAAGGUAAAUAGUUAUUAAUAUUUGUAUUGACAUGAUACGAUGAGUUAUGAUUGUAUUUACUGACUGGCAGUUUUUAUUUCAGUAUUAGCACAGCGUCUUGCCAGUGUUGGAGUCAAAUGUAUUAUUUCUGUUCAAUUGGAUGAAAUGUUAAAUAAACUCAGAAUGAAAAUAAA